GUACACUUAAAAGCACAUUUUAUAUUGAACGGAGUUAGCGUGUUAUGGACCGGCUGGAUAGAUACUGCAAGGCUAGAUGGGCUAGGCUAUAUCGAAUUCGACCACGACACAGCAGCGACCGAAAAUAAAAUACUUUUAGACACAUUAGAACAAAAAAACCGACGACUACGAGAAUUUGAGGAACGACAACGAUUAGCAACCUUGCACACGCGACAGGAAAGACGAGUUGAGGCCGAAGCCCAGGGUAUGGGACAAAGGCAAGAACAAAGUCAAAGUACAAGCGUCUCCUGUAGCAGCGAUUGAAGUUCAAACGGCAUUAACUGUGUAAAAAUGUGAGGGCAGAGUGUCGCCAUAAUGUUUUGUGACGAUUGAUCCUUACAGAAGAUGACAUUAUUGUUUAUUCUGACGAAAGAUUCUUAUAGAUAAACGGAUAUACUUCUGCUAGGUAACAAGUCUUCAAAACUCAAAGCCAAGAUGACGAGUAAAACUGGCGAUGGUUACGGUGGAAACGACGAGCGUGAAACUUGUGAAAUGUGGCGGGAAUUGAGUGUAAAGCAGCGCGAAAAUGUCUGAAGUUCCACCAAGUUAUGCAGUUUCAUAAAUAUUUGUAUAUUAUCAUAUUUAAGAUUGUAAUUAAAGUUUUGUUAAGUAUUUGUUGUAUGUGUGCAUGUUAUUUAAUGAGGAUGUUUUGUUUCAAAUCGAAGUAUAUCCUGAACAUGGACAAUGAUUUUCUUGCAAUUUUGGUGACCAAUUAUUGAUACAUUGUUGGUUUAUUGUUAUUAUAAU